GGGUAGAGGUCGCCUGUCACGCGGACUCGGGCUCUGAAGCUCCUCGGACGACAGUGUGUUCCCGGGCCUCGUAGGGGAAGGUCGCACGUUGUCAGAAUGGGGUCCCGUCGACUUGCGCAUCCCGCCCUUCCUCUGUUGUUCCUGGUCUCCUGUCUCGGCCAUUUGACGGAGGCCCAACCUCCCGGGGCCGUGACCAGCUUCAAGAUCUCCGGCAGGAUCCAGUCACGAUAUGCGGUCACUCACGUCACGUCGCAGAUGAAGAACCCUUCCUCGGCCGCCGCGGAACUCAAGUUCAAGAUGCAGCUUCCCAAGACGGCCUUCAUCUCCUCCUUCAUCAUGGAGAUCGAAGGCCAAUUACUAACCAGCACAGUGAAGGAGAAGGAGGCGGCAAAAGAGAACCUACACGUCAGCCAAGAAGCGAGGAAAUCAACCGGCCUUUGCUGGAGAGAAAGACGACCCCUCUUCGAGAUCAAGCACCAACGUGGACCGGAGGGACACGUCAUCUUCUACCUCACCUACGAGGACUGCUGCCGUCGGGGAAAAGAGGGAUACCUGUAUUCCGUGUACAUCCGACCGGGCCAUGUCAUCCCGGCGGUGGAAGUGGACGUGGAGGUCAUAGACCAGGAAGCUUUGACGAACGUGGCCGUCUUGAAGGUCCCGGGGAAUAACAUAGACGACGUGAGGAGAGAGGACCCAGGACCCGGGAGAGUCCGGCUCCGCUACGCCUACGAAAUCCCGCCAGGAAGAGACACACUCAACGGCAUCUUCUCCUUCAAGUACGACGUCGCCAGGAGGCCUGAUGGAGGCGAACUGCAGCAAAAGGGCAAGUACUUCGUCCACUACUUCUCGCCGGAUGGCCUCCCCAAGAUGGCAGCGCACACCGUCUUCGUGCUGGACAUCUCGAGCUCGAUGCUAGGAGAGAAGAUCGUCCAGCUGAAGAAGGCGAUGGAGGCUAUUCUGCGAGACAUGAAGCCGGAGGACUCCUUUGAGCUGCUGACCUUCUCGACGGCCGUGGACACCAUCGGCUUCUACCAGGGGACCGAAGACCAGAUCGAGAUGGCAGUGGAGAAGAUCAGAGGCCUGAGGACGACGGGGUCAACCAACCUCAACGCGGCCUACAUCCACGCCAUCAACAAGCUCAACCAGCUGGACAGGAAAAACACGGCGAGACAGAUGGUGUUCCUCACAGAUGGCCAAGCAACCGUAGGCAUCACGAGAUCGCAGUCUAUAAGGGCGAACGUGAGGAACGAGAACGUGCGGCGCCACCCGAUCUACGGCCUGUCCUUCGGCGUCGGCGCUGACCUCAAACUGCUUCAGGAGGUGAGCGCCGACAACCGAGGCUUCGCCAGACAUAUCGACGAAAGCACAGACUCUGAGAAACAGCUGAUAGGAUUCUACCAGGAGAUCGCCACGCCCCUCAUGGCUGACGUGGAAGUGGUCUAUCCGGAGCACGAGGUCGACCUCGAGUCCGUGGUGAAGCAAGGCACGACUCACUACUACUCGGGGGGAGAGGUGGUGAUCGCUGGAGUGCUGGCAGAGGGAGCCACGCACGUCGAGGCCCUUGUCAAGGGUGCUGGCAUCGCCGGACCUAUUACCUUCAGGGUGGACCGCCUACACGUGGCUCCAGCGACCUUGCUCGAGGAGGACAACUUUAUCGCGAGGUUGUGGGCCUACCUAGCUGUGCAGGUGAUGUCAGGGGACUAGGUAGUCUCCUCGUAA